AUGGGAGCGUGGUGCUUCCGAUCAGCAAAAGUCCACGGUGGCGGCGUCAAAGCUUCAUGUAAUUCCGAACCAGAUAUCGAAGCAGCAAUAAUCGGUAGCGUACUGGUUUUCGCUAAUCCGAAUUCCGGAUCUGGUAAAGCCAUGAGAACAUUCCGUGAACGUGUUGAGCCCCAGCUGCGAAAGAACCACAUAGAAUUUGAGCUUAUCAUUACAAUUACGUUUGUACGUGGUUUCACUAGCUUCUUUCUUUUUUUGAUAUUCUUCCUUUUUCACCGGUCUGUCAUUUUAGAUGGGUCAAAUCAUGCGAAAUCUGUGAUCCGCUCUCACAAUGAUCUCGGCAAAUUCAACGGAAUAGUCAUUUUAUCUGGUGAUGGCCUCGUGUCGGAGGUUCUGAAUGGACUCUUUGAGCGUGAAGAUCGCACCAGUAUCGUGCCAUCUAUGCCAAUCGGCGUCGUUCCAUGUGGAUCCGGCAACGGCUUGCUCUCGUCGUUGUUCUUCAGUCAAAAUGAGCCGUUAGUAAAUCCGAAAUUCACGAACCGCGCAAUCGAAGUUUGUUGCUCUCCUGAAUCUCGUGCUCAACCUGUGAAUCUACUCCAUGUGCAAACUGACAAAGAGAAUAUCGCAGCAUUCCUCAGCAUCGGUUGGGGUCUCAUAGCUGAUAUUGGUGAGUAUACUGAGGAUAAAUAA